UGGUGUUAAAAAUUGGACGGAGGAGCCCUACCUAGCCAGUAGCUGUUUCUGUAGUCUCAGUAGCAUCUUCAGUCGUAAAAGUUCCGAAAUCCUGGCCGUCCGUUCACCGCUUGUCCUGUCACCGGCGAUUGUGGCUGUUGCUACGUCUUCUUCAUUCAUCCAUAUACUUGUAGGCAGUGUGAUUUUGAGUUCUGCAUUAGUAAAACUGUGGAGACAUGAAUUUAAAGCAGUUGGUUAGUAGGAAAUCAGUCAACACCUUAUCAAGAUGUAGUGCAAGAUUAUUGUCUCUCUGUCCUAAUUACAGUUACAGAGAUUUCUCUACUGUUGAUCACAGAGUUCUUUUGCAAAGCCCUAAAUCCUUGAAACAUGGAGUCUCCUUCAAGAGGUUUUUGCACUCUGCCCAGCAACCUAGAAAACUAACUGAAUUGAAUUUUAAUCCAAAAUUCAAUUCUAAUGAUUCUGAGGAGGUGGACAGAAACAUGAGCGAGUUCUUGUCUCGGUUUGUGUAUGUAAUGCGUGGGAAGCUAUCUGAUGCUUAUCGAGAUUUUGAUAAACAGGCGAUUGAAGGCAUGCUUUUGAUUAUAGUUGAGAAAGUUGUGGCAGAGAUGGAAAAGGGUAGUAUUCAACAGAUGGUUGGUGCAUCAGGGGCUGCCCUGUCGCAGGACUUUAGCGACGAUUUGUGGAGGACUGUGUGGGAAGUGAGUAAUUCGGUGUUGGAGGAUAUGGAAAAAGAAAGAAAGAAGCAAAAGAUGAAGCAAUUUUUGCAGGAUGAGGAGGUGAAGGAAAUGUGCAGGUUUUCUGGUGAGAUUGGUAUUAGGGGGGAUUUGCUUAGAGAGCUUAGGUUUAAAUGGGCUCGUGAAAAGAUGGAGGAGAGUGAGUUUUAUGCAGGUUUAGAAAAGCUUAGAGAAGAAGAAAAAGCCCUAGAUAAAGAGGAAACAGAUGCUGAGAGUACUGAUCCCAUGGGCGAGGAGAAACCAAACAUCACAGCUCUUCCUAAGAGACAUGGAAAGAUAAAAUAUAAGAUCUAUGGACUUGAUCUUUCUAAUCCAAAGUGGGUUGAAGUUGCCAAUAAGAUUCAUGAAACAGGAGAGAUCCUUUGGCCUCAGGAAGCUAAGCCAAUACAAGGAAAAUGCAAACUGGUCACUAAGAAAAUUCUUUCUCUGAAAGAGGAGGAUGAUCCCUCUCAAUUGCUUGCUGAAUGGGUAGAACUUUUACAACCAAACAGGAUUGAUUGGAUGACUUUGCUUGAUAGGUUGGAAAAACAAAGUUCACAAUUGUACCUUAAGGUAGCUGAAAGUUUAUUGAGUGAAAAAUCUUUCCAACCAAAUGUUCGAGACUACUCCAUUCUUAUUGACGCUUAUGCUAAGGAAAACCGUUUAGAAGACGCUGAGAGGAUUUUAAAGAAAAUGAUUGAAAAUGGCAUUGUGCCUGAUAUUUUAACAUGCACAGUGUUGCUGCACAUGUACAGCAAGGCAGGCAAUUUCGACCGUGCUAAAGAAGCAUUUGAAAGCUUGAGGAGCCAUGGUUUCCAACCAGACAUGAAGGUGUACAGUUCCAUGAUCAUGGCAUGUGUAAAUGCUGGGCAUCCCAGAUUGGGGGAGUCAUUGGUGAGAGAGAUGGAAGCAAGAGGCAUCAAACCGACGGAAGAGAUUUACAUGGCAUUGCUUCGCUCAUUUUCCAAACAUGGUGAUAUUAGCUCAUGCAAUCAAAUUGUGAACGCUAUCCAAAUGGCUGGCUUCCAGCGGGGUUUGGAAUCUUAUACAUUGCUUAUUGAAGCACAUGCAAAAUCUGGUGAUACUGACGAUGCAAGGAUGAUUUUUGACGACAUCAUAAAAAUUCGAAAUUUAAGGCCUGAUGAUAGGUGCACUGCCGCAAUGAUUGCAGCUUAUGAGAGGGAGAAUUUGUUGGAAAUGGCUGUAGACCUUUUAUUGCAGCUUGAGAAGGACGGGUAUCAACCAGGGCUUGCUACUUACACCAUACUUGUUGAUUGGUUGGGUAAAUUACAGUUGGUUGAUGAGGCCGAGGAGGUACUUGGUAAAAUUGCUGAGCAGGGUGAAACGCCCUCUUUCAAGAUUCAAGUAAGCCUUUGUGAUAUGUACGCAAGGGCUGGAAAUGAGAGAAAGGCUCGUCAAGCCCUGGGAGCCCUUGAAGCUAAGAAGGAGCAGUUAGGAUCCGACGAUUUUGAGAGGAUUAUAAAUGCGCUUGUUUCUGGAGGCUUUGUGCAAGAAGCUAGAAAGCUACAUGAACUCAUGGAGUCCCAGGGCUAUACUGCAUCAGAGGGUCUAAAGGUGGCCUUGAUGGCAUCCCAAACUUUCAGCCGGAAGAAACCAACAAAAUGAUAGUUCGAUGAUCCUAUUUUCUGGUAAUUGAUGAAAGUUCCUGAGUUAAUAUAUUCAGUAGCCUACAUUUCACAAGUCUAAGAGGUAAGUUUUGCUUUGAUUCUUAUGCUCAUGCUGGUACGAAGCAUUAACUCAUUAUAGUUAUGUUAGUUAAUUUUGUAAUAAUUAAUUGAAAGAGGUAGGUUACAUUUUGAACUCACUUUUUUAGCAUUAGCUUCCAUUUACGCUCGCGCUCAUACUCACAUCCUGAGCUUCACUUCUUAUCUAUGUUGAUCUUAUUUUGUUUUGAAACCGGUAUUGUUUGCAUAUUAAUGUAUUUCAGAAAACAUGAUCAGAAUUCUAAUAAAGAUGAAUCUAGCAUCUGGUGUUUUUUUUUGCCUCAA